AUGACUAGAUGGGAUAAUUUACAUGAACGAUACUUCAGUUAUCUAGCUGUCUUAUCAUUUGAUAAAGCGAAAGAACUAUUAGAAAAAGAUGGUAGUAAAAUGCAAAAUGAGUUUCUUCAGCACUUUUAUAUGUUAAUACAAUUCGAGCGAUCCUAUCAUAAUUUUGGUUUUGUUGUUGGCCCAAAAGGAAAUAUGAGUAGUUUUAGAAAAGAUAAAUCGUUACUUCAAUGUUAUUCCGAUCUUCAUAUGUCGUUAUUUGAAGGGCAGCCAAAUAAUAAACAGAAUAAUACACAGCCAUCAACAGCAGAUGAUGCAAAAGAAACAAGUUAUAUGCAACAACUAACAGCUGGACUUAUUACAUUUCUUAGUAUUCGAACAAAUCUAAUGAAAUUAUAUGAACAAAUUUCCAAUGCUGCCAAACGCAAUGAACAUAACGUUCGUUUAGAAAAUUAUCUUGAUGAAAUAACACUGAUCUCUCAAACUGAUAUGUCUUCGUUAAGUAUCUCAGUAUUGUCUCCGAUUCUACGACUAUUGAAAUAUGAAAUUGAUUGUUUACUAUUAUUAAUUCAAUCGUACACAUUCAUUGCUGAUUAUCAAUAUAUGAGUAGUAUAUCAACAUUGCAUAAUAUGUUUUGCGUAUUGAAAGAAUGGAACGAUAAUAUUGAAAAUCAACAAAAUGCAAAUAAUCGUUUCAGUUUAUCAAGUACAAGUGCAUUGAAUUUUUUUAAAACGCCCACCAAACCAGCAUUAUUUACAUUUUUUUCAAAAUUCCAUGAGUUACUAGUCGCAAAAUUUACUCUUUAUUUUACUGAUAUUCUAUUGGAUUAUGGUGGAACCGAUGCUAAGGCACCAAUGGCAAAAACAAAUCUUGAACUUUCUACACGUAUAGCACAAUUCUAUCGACGUUCAAAUGCCGAAUGGAUUACGCUUGUUCUGCAUACAAAUAAACAACAAAUAUACUCUAGUCAAAUGGACCAAUUAGCUGAUUACCAUUUAAUACAACCUUCGAUAUCUACCAAUGAAAACAGGCCAUUUCAAAUUAUAUUUGGCUAUCCAAAUAAGCCCAAUCCAACAGAUGAAGUCACACAACAAAUCAUCACGAAAACUGAUAUUAACGAUGAAAUGUUGGCAAAUGGUGAAAAAAUCUUCUACAAUGGUGAUACAAAUCAAUUGAAAACAUUCUUUCUUCAAAAUAUUGAUGCUCGUAUUACACUGGCUCUUGUUUUCCCAUCACAUCGUCAAGAGCGUGAUACAACAAUCAUAAACUUUCUCAGUGAAAUAGUCGAUCUACUUCGGGGUUCACGGCUAUUGUUAUAUUUUAAAAGUGCUCCAAAAUAA